AUGCGGUCCGUUGCGUGCACCCUCCUGGCCUUGCUCUCCGCCGCGUCCCCGGCCCUCGCGGGUGUCAAGGAACUCUGGUGGAACGUUACCUUUGUCGACGACGUCAACCCCGACGGCCUCUUCCCGAGAACGGCUGUCGGUGUCAACGGUACAUGGCCACCGCCGCCGAUUGUGAUCAAUUCGACCGACUCGCUCGUGCUGCACGCGACCAAUUCGCUCCAUGAAGCGCUGACCAUUCACCACCAUGGCAUGUUCUUCAACUCCACGUCCUGGAUGGACGGCGCCAUGGGUGUCUCCUCCUGUGGUAUCCCACCCGGCGAGAGCUUCACCUAUGUCGUACCGAUCAAUUCCUCCGGUCAGUAUGGUACCUUCUGGGCGCAUGCGCACUCCAAUGGACAAUACGUCGACGGUCUGCGUACACCGCUCAUUAUUCAGCCGGAGAAGCAGACAUACACGUAUGAUGAGGAGUACACUAUCAGUCUCGGCGAUUGGUACCACGACUCGCACGCGGUGUUGAUCGAGCAGUUCAUCAACAUUGCGAACCCGGGUGGUGCUGAGCCCGUCCCUAAGGCUCCGUUGAUGUACUUCUCGCAAGGGGAGCAGUACCUCCCUCCAAAGGAAGGUUCGAGCCCGAGUGGGUCUACUUCGGGGACAGGCUUCAACGAGAACGCUACUAUGACAUUCGAGCCCGGCAAGACCUACCGCCUCCGGAUCGCAAAUACUGGUGCUUUCGGCGGCUUCUACUUCUGGAUUGACGGCCACGAUAUGCAGAUCAUCGAGGCCGACGGUGUCGAGACUGAGCCAUACUCGAUCUCGCAGCUUAACAUCGGUGUUGCCCAACGGUACUCCGUGCUCAUCACCGCGAAGAACGACACGUCUGCGAACUAUGCGAUACAUGCUGCCUUCGACACAUCCAUGUUCGACACCGUCCCGGAUGACCUCAACCCGAACGCGACUUCUUACAUCAUCUACGACACCUCUGCACCAACGACGGACCUCAGUGUCGACGAUUUUCUGUCCACGCCCGACAUUGACCUCGUUCCGCUCCAGGUGGUGGCCAUGCAACCGGCGACGUCCACACUCGAGGUGACCUUCGAGUUCGACACGAUGAACGACGGCACAAAUCACGCUGUAUUCUCGGGCGCGUUCAACGACGCAUCCUUCGACCCCGUGACAUACAACUCUCCGCUGACGCCGGCGGUCAUGUCCGCGCUCACGCUCGGCGACAACGCGACCACCAGUGCUGCGUACGGCCCGCUCAGCUUUGUUCUUGGUCAUCUAGAGGUUCUCGACAUCGUUCUCCGCAACGCCGACACGGGCAAGCACCCCUUCCACUUGCAUGGACACCAAGUGCAAAUCAUCAACUUUGCUGAGGACUACACGAGCGACGACCCGUCACUCAAUCCUCCAAUUAACGAGAGCCAGCCAAACCCGAUGCGCCGCGACACCAUCCUCGCCCCACCCGGGGGAGCUUACACGUUCCGCGUCGUGAUGAACAACCCUGGCGUCUGGUUUUUCCACUGUCACAUCGAGUGGCACCUGGAGAGCGGCCUGGCGAUUCAGCUCAUCGAGGCGCCGCUGCAGAUGCAGGAGCGCAACACGAUGCCGUCCGUGUUGAACGACCAGUGUGCGGCGCUCGGGCUGCCCUACACCGGGAACGCCGCCGGAUUCGCGUCGACGACGGACCUGGACGGCCUGCCCGCGGGUCCGUGGGUGCAGAACAACGGCUGGCACGCGAAGGGCAUCGGCGCGAUGGCGGGCUGCGUGCUCUCGGCGGUGCUGGGCAUGGCGACGGUGGUGUGGUACGCGCUCGGCGGGCACAUCUCAGAGGCGGAGAUCGAGUACGAGGAGCGCCUCAGGCUCGAGGCGAAGGCGGAGCGCGGGCGGUUCUUUGGCCUAGCGAAGAAGGUCAAGGGCCUGCGCGUGCGGCCGCGGUCGGAUUGA